AUGUCGAACUACCAUGGGCUUUCCGAGAGCAUGCUUCAUCAGCCGGUGGGGGGGUAUGUCCUCAUCAAGCCAUCAUUCACCCUAGGGAGACCGCGCGUGUGGCCUGCCAUGCGCCAAGAGGACAACAUGUCGCAAUCCUGGGAUAGCACUACUGCUCGAGCGAGCGCGCCGGGAUGCCCUACGAAACCCGAGCCCGAUAUGCGUAGAGAUCACAGCAAGAUGAGAGAGGGUCGUAUUGAUGCACAACCUUAUGGGUGUCGGUCGUGGCCAUUAAGUAUGAGGCUGAUGAGCCUUGUUCCACCCCAGAAGCGCAAAAGUUUCUUGCACGGCAUGCUGACCACUUAA